AUGUCUCGCAUGCGAUGCACGUACGUCGCUGGUAUAUGGCGAGAGCAUCUCGAAAAGACUUUGACGUGGUAUCCGCCGAUUGAUUCCACCGGUUCCCGUCCAAAGGUCUAUGUUGCACCCUCUUGGUCGUGGGCAUCUCUUAAUGGAGGUGUAGAAGCUUCAAUGGGGCGCUAUAAAGACGUCGAUUACGCCAUCCAUGUCGAAGAUGUGGCUCUGACCUAUGCAACUGAGGACGUGACAGGUGCAGUGACAGGUGGAUGGUUGGAUCUGCGUGGAUCUUUGAAACCCAUGAAGCUACAUCUAGUAGAGUAUGAGGAUGAUUUUUCCUGGUGUAUGACGCUCAAUCGAGAUUUUGCUCGAAAACAAGACGAGACAGACAAGUAUGAACAACGGGAGUUCCUACACCCCGCUCGCGUCUCGCUCGACAUCGAUCCAAUGAGUGAUACCGAGUUCGAUGACGACAAUACAGAAGGACAUUUGUUCUUUAUGCCAGUCUGCAAGACGAAAGACUAUUCUCAGAGCUUGAUGGGACUCGGACAGGAGAAAAGGAAAAGCAAGUAUGGAAAGAGUUGGACGAAGAAACAAAAGCUCGUCUACCGUGCUUACGCUACGAGAACGGCCUUCACACCAUCCGAAUAA